CUUCGGGAUUUGUUUUACUCUAUGCGGAAGUUGCAAGUUUCAUAACAGUUAUGUACUCAUCGGCUUGUAUAUGUUGGAUAUUGUAGUGGUAUAAUAAAUACGUCAACUUAAUUAAAGUGUUUAUUUACGAAAUGGUCAACCUUGGACUCACAAAAGUGGACGAUGUGCUUGCAGCAAAACAUCCGGGUUUACAGCAGUAUGCUGCCUGUCAGUCUCAUGCCUUCAUGAAAGGGACAGGGACCUUUAUAUUGGGGACAAGUGGAUUAUUUCUCUUACAAAAAGUUAUUCAGAAGAGGCUUCCAUAUCCUUUGCAGUGGAACCUGCUGAUUUCAACAGCGGCUUCGUCAGUGGGCAGCUAUGCAGUGACACGCUGGGAGACAAUGAAGUGCACUGACCUAUGGAUGCUAAUAGAGACAGGGAAAGUACCAGACAGAACACCACACAUAGCAGAGCCUGCCCCUGAGGAACCAGCUGGGCCGAAGAAGACCCCAUAUGGAGAUGUGAUGGAAUGACCACAGGACAUACUCAUGUACAGGCAACCCCGGUCCUCUGCUUCACAUCUCACCCACUCAACCCUAUCAAUAAACAAAUGUAUUUAUGUAUUAUGGUUCAACUGUGUCACCAUUGGACAAUGUUCUGCCAUGCUGGACUUAGUUUCACGCGGGUUCAGUGAUGGAACCCUUUAUAUAGAUCAGAAAACCGUGUAAGGGUUUUAGUUGAUCAUGGCAUUUUGUCAGAUUGGGCCACCCUGACUUGUAUCCAGAUGAGUCCUGUAUAGUGCAUAGUUUAUUUAAUAUAUGGAAAAGGUAAGGGAAAAACAUUAUAUGUUAUAGAGUGGUCCUUGGGGCUUGAGGGUUGAAUAAACAAUGUCCAUUUGAUCACAUCCUGUAAAUUCCUGUUGUAUUCUGCGCAUGUUGUAUUCUGCUCAUGUGACAAAUAAAAUUUGAUUUGAUUUA